UCACCACCACCACCACCACACCAGCUCGCCACAAUACACUGCCACCACCAUCACCACUACCACUACAGCCAUAUCUUCACCACAAUGCUUCUCCGUGACUACAUUCUCUCUUCAGUCCCUCCACUCCUCCUCCUCCUCCUCCUCCUCCUCCUCCUCCUUUCUACGUCAUAUCCUUCACUUGAUUGACAAAAGUAAGCAGUCGUUCGCUGGUGGAGGCGCAGGGUACUCCACUCACUCCACGCUCCCUCUCCACCGCCCCGCUCCACCUCGCCCGCCGUCUCCAGUUGUCCUUGCCAGUGUAACCUCGUGGAAAAUGAUCACCUGAUCUAACUACUUCACCUUGCACUUGUCUGGCCCUUGACGUUAUGAAGGGCAGAUCACUACAAUGAGGAACGUGUCCCGCCGGCCUCUAGAUGGACCACGGACCAAUGGUGAGCUCCGGCAUCGGGCAUCGCGCCCGCCGCCGCCUCUCCAGAGGAUCGCCCGAACCUCUGUUGCCGCAGCGGCGUCCCUUUGACAGCCCCUCCAGCAGGAGCAUGGACCUGGCCUCCAUUCGUGCCCGUCGCGCCCGCCUGGAGGCCCUCACCGCGUCCAUCAAGCUGCCGCCCCUCGUGGCCUCUGAGGCGCUGCCGCCCUCUGCGUCAGCGCGUGAAUCGCCCCUGUCCCGGGGUGGCAUACUGCCUGACACUCCCCUGCGACGUAUCACGUGGGAGGAGCGCCCCCUCACCGGCAAGGGGUCACCGGAGCCCAGGCUGCCCCCGACCCUGCCACGCAUGGCCACCCCCCACCACCCCCUGCCCAGCAUCGGCCACUCACGGGAGGCGCUGAGCGAUUUCUUGCCUGAGACGCCGGAGGAGGACGAGGACGAGGAAAAGAAGCAAGAAGAAAAAGAAGAGGAAAGGAAAGUUUCUGAAGAGAGGGAAGAGGACAAAGGCCUAAAGGAGAACGAAUGGAAAACUUUGCAAGUAGAGGAAGUCACUGAAGGCAGCUCAACUUUGGAAGUGCCGUCAAAUGUUCUCUCUUCGCCUGUGCUCGCCCCCAGCCCGGCGCGCACCCAGCCUUCCCCUCCCCACCAACCCUACAGUUCUCUGCAGUCUUCCCCUCCACCACAACCCUCCUCCCUUCCCCAACCCUCCUCUCCUGCUCGCCUUUCCCACACGGAAAUCUUGCCCUCCUCCCUACCCAUCUCUCCCCCGCCACAGUCACAAUACCUUCCACCGCAUCCCUCCUCUCCGCCCACCUCGCCUGCCAAUCCCAUCACGCCCACCAUGCCCACCAAACCAUCUCAGCCUACUCAGGAAGCUCCACCGCCCACACAUGAAGCUUCACCCACUCCAACCUCUACGUCCCCACCCUCCUCCCCCACCAAGGCCACACCCACAGAAGCUCCAUCGCUGAACAAACAGUUACCACCAACCUCGCCCAUUAAAGACAAUCCGCCCACUCAUUCCUCCCCGUUCACGCCCACAAAAGUAUCAGCAUAUCCUGUUGUGUCUCUCCAGGAGCUCCCUCAGCCCGCCCUAGCAUCCCCACGCCCACCCGACUCCGCUCCAGAGUUCCCCGCAGCAGUUCACGCAGCUCCCUAUCCCGUUGUCUCUGUUCAGGAACUACCCAAUCCAACAACUCCACGCCCACCUGCUUCAGCUCCAGAAUUCUCCCCAGCCACCCGAACAUCCCCACGCCCACCUGCCUCCGCUCCAGAGUUCAUUGCGGCCGCCCAUGCUUCCUCCUAUGCCGUUGUCUCAGUUCAGGAGCUUCCCCCGCCCACACGGUCAUCCCCACGCCCGUCAGCUUCAGCUCCCGAACUCUCCUCGACCUUAAAGUCACCCUCCCCAUCUACCCACUCCGCUCCUCUUGCCUCCCACGCCCUGCCAGAGCCGCCCAUGCAAGUUGUCAGUCUUUCAGCAAUACCUGUGGCGGAAAACUCAGACGCUGGCACUGCAUUCCACUCCGUCACUGUCACCUCCGCCAAGAGACGCAAGCCGCAGGACCCCAAGGAUUUCGGGAGUCUGGUGGCAAAGAUGAGUAGCAACAACUCCGCCACCCGCACAGCAGCGACCGUCAGGGUGCGCCAGCUGCUCUCCGCCUCUCAUAACGCGCCCAUCGACGAAAUGCUGAAGCUGGGAGUGCUCACCCCUGCCCUGACCAACCUGCAGGAGAACAACCCCGCCCUCCAGUACGAGACAGUCUGGAUCAUCACCAACAUUGUAUCAGGCACCACUGAGCAGACCCAGGCCGUUGCUGACAAAGGCUUCGUGCCAGUGCUGGUAGAGCUGGUGGCAUCGGGGCAGCCGUGGGUGAAGGAGCAGGCGGCGUGGGCCCUCGGGAACAUGGCGGCAGACAGUAGCCACCUCAGGAAUCAGAUCGUGCAGGCAGGGGCGCUGAGACCCCUGGCGGAGCUGACCAAACCCGAGGCCAAGGCGUCAUCGCUGCAUAAGGUGGUGUGGGCCCUCUCCAAUAUAUUCAAGUUAAGGAACCUGAGGGCGUCUCCAGAUGACAUAAACUUUGUUCUCGAGGUGUUCAGGGACCAUCUGCUGAUACACAGGGACGAGGAGGUGGUGGCGGACGCCCUUUGGACCCUCACCUACCUGACGGACGCGGGGAGCAACGAGGCGAUACAGCUGGUGGUGGAGGCGGGGCUGCUGCCGAUGCUUGUGGCGAACCUCUCCUCCCGCAGCAGGCAGGUGGUGUACCCCUCCAUCAGGACCCUUGGCACCGUCGUCUCUGGCACUGACUCUCAGACAGAGGCAGCCCUGGACGCCGGGAUGCUGGCGCCACUCCACACACUGCUGAAGGAGUCGCGGGAGGUGCGGCGGACCAAGGAGGCGACUUGGGCGCUGUCCAAUAUUACAGCAGGCACGGUGAACCAGAUACAGAAGGUGGUGGACGAGGGCUUCCUCCACACGCUGGUCCACCUCAUCCAGGAGGGCGCGACGGACGUGGCGCGAGAGGCGGUGUGGGUGGUGAGCAACCUUGUGGCGGGCGGCAGUGCGGGGCAGGUGACGGCUCUGGUGAAGGCUGGCGGUGUGCGUGCCUUACUGGACACCCUCAAGCCGCCCGCGCCUCACCGCCUGGACCUCAUCACGGUGGACACGCUGCUCACCAUGCUGGAGAAAACCGGGGGCGGCAUAGGCGGCGUGGCGGUGCAGCAGAUGGCGGAGGCUGGCGGCGUGGUGGUCAUGAGGGAAAAGCUGGGCCACGAGGACGAGGAGGUGGUGGAGAGGGCGCGGGAGAUCCUCGAGACCUACUUCCCGGACGCCACCACGGAGGAGGAGGAGGAGGAGGAGGAGGACUAAAGAUAAAGAGGUGAUGAGGGACGAAGGGCCGAGAUGCUGGAAUCACUAUUUUUAUUGUUGGAUGAUGGAACGAUAUAGUAUGAAUUCC